CAUCUGUUUUAAUGAGCCCAGUGCAAUGAUUAUUAUUUUUCUUUUAUGAUUAAUGAUUGUAAUUUUGUAGCAUUGUUCACUGCCUCCACUUUGUUUGUUUUUCGAAAGCUCUAUGAGUUUAAAUUUAUUAGGUUUUAAAUCGUAGAACUGUUGUUUACCCUCAUUGAUUUCUUACAUAGUUUGCAACCUCACUUUUCUACACAAAUAUUCAAGUGAAGCCGUUUUGAAACAAAAUCUGACGAAACCUCUAAACAGUAUUGGAAGACAGUUAAUAGUUAUGAGCGACUUAACUCCCGAAGAGGUUAGGCGGCGUCGCUUAGCCCGUUUGGCUGGUGUAAAUGCAGAUGGAUGUUUAGUUUCACGGCAAAAUGAUAAUAUGCCACCACCACCAGCUAUUAUUGCCCCACAAAUAAUUCCACAACAAUCUAAAGACACAUUUUCGGACCAGCCAGAUAAAACAGUCACAACUAAUGAUAUUCCAAUGGAUGUUGACGAUAGUGACUCUGACGUAAAAUCAACAAAACACCUUAUUUCUCCAAUCAAACCACCUGGGCCAUCUACAAAUAUUGCUCCAGAAGAAGAUUCUGGUUUUGAAAAUAUGGAUGUAGAUGAGCCCAAAGAAGCCAAGAUCCCUAGAAGCCAAGAAUAUAUUAAAAAAAUAAAAACUGUAAUGCCAACCAGCAUAAAAAGCAGAGAAGAGAUUUGCUAUACAGUAGCAGUCAAAGUAUUAGACGUAUCAUGGACGGAACCAAAUGAUUCAAAUAUUUUUUUGCCUGAUACAGCUGCUAUAGUUCAAGAACGAGAAAAUAACUCAGAACCUUUGCAUUUACCAGAUCUCAUAAGUUUAGCUAUUCAAGAGUCACUCUGCUUAGUAGUGAAAGAAGAUAAGUUGACCGACAGUAACAAACAACCCGAAAAAACCACUACGUCAGCAGCUUUAAAAUUCUUAUUCGAUUGCUUAAACCGGAUAGCGGUAGAAGAACAACAAUACCCUAAAAGAAGUAGCUCACCACCAGUGUGUCAACUGCUGCGAGACAUGAGUUUACAGUGUAUAGAUCACUCUAUAAUGCUAUUGACGAAUACUUGUAUUUUGGAUCAUAAAGAAAGUGCUAGAAUUUUAGAACCAUUGUAUUCUCCUCUAACAGAUUUCCUUUUACAAGGCACAUUACCCAGAGGGUUUUUAAAUGAAUUAUGUAAUCGUACAUCUUUAAAGCCGAAUACAUUUAAAAAAGUUUUUAGUCCGUUAUUGCAACAUUUAUAUCGAAUUAUGCAAUCAGCUACUUUUGUCGGUUCGACCCAUCGCAGACCUAUUGAAAUACUCAAUGAACUUACUUCAUUGCCAUUUUAUUCAGCUAAAAAUAGUUUACCUGUGUGCACACUUAUUUCUCAACUGCCUCAAUAUCUACCAAUCCAAAUUACAAAAAAUGGUGGCCGAGAGCUAACUUUUACAUCAUACUUAGGUCCAUUUCUAUCUGUUUCCCUUUUUGCUGAAGACGAUCCUAAAGUGAUAGAUAAAUUACUUAACUUUACUACAUUAUCUGAUAAAUCUGGUUUAAUUUUAACACUUCGACAAGAAAUGCAAACAACUAGGGCCGAGCUGAAUAAGAUUAUGUACAACCUAAUGGUUAAUAUGAGUUCUCGAGAUGCUACACUGUCGUAUGUUACGAAAAUGUUGGUGUAUAAUGAAAAAAGAUGUAAAAUGCGAGUUGAUGAGAGAACAAUAGCUGGUGAUGGUUUUAUGUUAAACCUACUGACUACAUUGCAGGAACUUUCUGUGAAAAUUAAAAUGGAGAAGGUAGAUCCGUUAUACAUUUUCAAUGCAAACAGUUCAAAUAUCGAUAUUUCUUCUGAUACAAGACUGAAAUUUACCUCUCAAGAAUAUUCUGAUUGGCUUGCAGUAGUUUCUAAUUCAUUCAAAGACGUCAAGUUUUCAACACGUUGUUGGUUUUUGACAUUAUACUGUCAUCAUAUAGCUUUAAUACCGGCGUUUAACAAACAUACUAGAAGAUAUAGAACAGUAAGAGAUUUGCAAAAAUUGAUUGAUGAAAUCACAAAUUCUGAAUCUGAAUGGAAGAGUAAUCCUACAUUAGCUGCUAGGAAUAAAGAAUUAGUAAAAAAAUGGAAAGGACAACUCAGGAAAUUGGUAAAAAGUAAAUCUUGCGGAGAUUUAGUAUUAUACGAUCCACAACUCAUUACUCGUUGCAUCGUGUUUUACUCAUCCGUUGCUGAAUUUAUGUUAUCCCUUCUUCAAGGUACUCCUUAUGUACCCAAAUCUGAUAUUGUAUUCCCAGCUGAAAUUCCAGAUAUAUUGGCUGCUAUACCUGAGUGGUUUGUCGAAGAUAUUGCAGAUUUUUUAUUAUUUAUUCUGCAAUAUGCUCCUAAGGCAAUUGAAUUCAAAUUCUUCGAUACAUUGUUAACAUGGAUACUUGUUUGUAUUUGUUCACCGGCCGCAUUUAAAAAUCCGUAUCUCAUAGCCAAAUUAAUAGAAGUGUUAUUUGUGCUGAACCCUAGUAUUCAACCUAAAACCGAAGUAUUGAACAGUAUGAUGAUGAGUCAUCCUCUUUCAAUCUCACAUCUUCCAUCUGCUCUUAUGAAAUUUUACACAGUCAUCGAGUCAACGGGAGCGAGCUCAGAAUUUUAUGAUAAGUUUACUAUUCGUUAUCAUAUUAGUUUAAUUCUCAAAAGUAUGUGGGACAGUCCAUUUCAUAGGCGUGCAGUAAUAGCCGAAUCAAAAACUGGUAUUCAGUUUGUUAAAUUUGUAAAUAUGUUAAUAAAUGAUACAACAUUUUUGUUGGAUGAGAGUUUGGAAUCAUUAAAACGCAUUCAUGAAGUCCAAGAGCAAAUGGCUGACACAAUUGUGUGGAGUAGUUUAUCAGAAGAAACUCAACUAACUCGAACUCGUCAAUUAUCUGCCGAUGAGCGUCAAUGCAGAUCAUAUUUAACUUUAGCUCAAGAGACUGUAGAUAUGUUUCAUUACCUUACAAUGGAUAUUAAAGAACCAUUUAUGAGAUCUGAAUUGGUGACUAGAUUAACAGCUAUGUUAAAUUUUAAUUUACAACAGCUGUGUGGUCCUAAGUGCAAGAAUUUAAAAGUCAAGUCUCCGGAAAAUUAUGGUUGGGAACCUAGACGUUUACUUAAACAAUUAAUUGAUAUUUAUUUACAUUUGGAUUGUGACCAGUUUGCUGCAGCUAUAGCUGCCGAUGAAAGAUCGUUCCGUAUGGAGUUGUUUGAAGACGCAGCCAAUCGAAUGUCACGCGUGUUAAAUGCUCCUAAAGUGGAAGUUAUGCAAUUUAAGAGUUUAGCUAUUAAAGCACAAGAAAUUUCUAUUCAAAAUAUUAAAAAAGAAGUAGAUUUUAAUGACGCUCCAGAAGAAUUUAGAGAUCCACUAAUGGAUACUUUAAUGGAUGAUCCUGUUAUAUUGCCAAGUAGCGGUAAGAUUAUGGAUCGGCCAGUUAUUAUACGUCACUUGUUGAAUUCUCAGACUGAUCCAUUUAACCGACAGCCUUUAACAGAAGAUGAUUUAACGCCAGCUGAUGAACUGAAACUAAAAAUUCAAAAUUGGAAGAUCAAAAAACUGAAUGAAUUAUCUCAGUAAACUAUUAAAAUAUUAGUACCAAGUUAAAUUCCUUUUAAAUAUUUACCUCGAGCUACUUUCCUAUAAUAAUAUUAAUAAAAUAAAAAAAUAAAAUAAGAAUAUAAUGUGAUAAAAAAUAAAAAUAAAAUGUGUUCUUGACAUUUUUUAAAGACUUUUAGAAAAUAUAUAAAAUCUUUAUACUUGUACAUAAAACAUAUUAUAGAAGU